UGUAUCUGGCCAUGUACGUCACACUGACACACUUCAUGACAGCAGAGGUUAUAUCAUACUUAUCGACGCUAAACUUCAUCAACUUCAUCAUUUAUGAGACCAGCAGACACUGACACUGGCAUGAAACCUCUGAAAACUUUUAUUCUGCUCAGCUCCUAGUGUUAGAUUCGCUUACUGAAAGAGAAAUCGAUUUUAGAGGAAACUCGGACACAGAGUUCUAAUCUGCUUUUAAAUAUGUCCUGUUCAUGUAGACCUGCAGCGAGAGUGAUUAUAAAGUCCGUUCAUAAAGGUUUCUCUCGUUCACAUGUUCAGCUUUUCAGCCUCACUAGACCAGUGUGUGAUGAAGUUCAUCUACCUCGGUUCCUGCACAACAGAUCAUUUUCACAAACAGCAGUGUGUUUCGCCUCUAAAGAAAGUUCACCCAGAGAUGGUGACGGAGGAAAGAAGGGCGUAACUGAGGCUGGUGGAAAGCGGGUGUCAGGUGGUGGGGGUUCUGGGAAAGGUGGCAGUCAGCUGAGGUGUCCGAAAUGUGGAGAUCCUUGUACACAUGUGGAGACUUUUGUGUCCUCCACACGGUUUGUGAAAUGUGAAAAGUGCCAUCAUUUCUUUGUGGUUCUGUCUGAGACUGACUCCAAGAAAGGUUUGAAUAAGGAAGCAGAGAGCUCUGAGCAUGUUAAAUUUGCAUUAGCUCAGAAACCCCCUCCGCCUCCUAAAAAGAUUUAUACCUACCUCGACAAAUUUGUUGUUGGCCAGUCAUAUGCGAAGAAAGUGUUGUCAGUUGCCGUCUAUAAUCAUUACAAACGGAUCUACAACAACCUCCCAGCAGCGGGCCGACAACAAGCGGAAGCAGAGAAACAGAGUUCCCUCUCUCCCAGAGAAUUAGAGAUCAGAAGACGUGAAGAUGAAUACCGGUUUACAAAGCUGCUUCAGAUUGCUGGCAUCAGUCCCCAUGGCAACGCUCUGGGUGCGUCUGUUCAGCAGCAGACCAAUCAGCAAGCUCCUCAAGAAAAAAGGGGUGGGGACGUGCUUGACUCCGCUCACACUGAUAUUAAACUGGAUAAAAGCAACAUUGUGUUGCUGGGACCUACUGGAUCAGGUAAAACCCUGCUGGCUCAGACUCUGGCUAAAUGCUUAGAUGUGCCCUUCGCCAUCUGCGAUUGCACCACCCUGACCCAGGCGGGAUAUGUAGGCGACGACAUUGAAUCUGUUAUUGCCAAACUUCUGCAGGACGCCAACUACUCGGUCGAGAAAGCCCAGCAAGGCAUAGUGUUCCUGGAUGAGGUGGAUAAGAUUGGCAGUGUGCCUGGAAUUCAUCAGCUGAGAGAUGUCGGGGGGGAAGGAGUUCAGCAGGGUUUGCUGAAAUUGCUUGAGGGAACAAUUGUUAAUGUUCCAGAGAAGAACAGCAGGAAGUUGAGAGGAGAGACAGUGCAAGUGGAUACAACCAACAUUCUGUUUGUGGCAUCAGGUGCUUUCAACGGUCUGGACAGAAUCAUCAGCCGUAGGAAGAAUGAAAAGUAUCUUGGUUUUGGGACGCCCUCUAACAUGGGCAAAGGUCGUAGAGCUGCAGCAGCUGCAGAUCUGGCCAACAGUUCAGGGAAUGAACUGGACGCAAUGGCAGAGAUUGAGGAAAAGGACCGACUCUUGCGGCAUGUUGAAGCACGGGACCUCAUCGAGUUCGGUAUGAUCCCAGAGUUUGUGGGCCGUCUGCCUGUGGUGGUCCCACUGCACAGUCUGGAUGAGGAGAUGCUGGUGCAGAUUCUUACAGAGCCUCGUAACGCAGUGGUCCCUCAAUAUCAGGCCCUCUUCAGUAUGGAUAAAUGUGAGCUGAAUGUAACCCCAGAUGCAUUAAGGGCAAUUGCUCGUUUUGCACUGGAACGGAAGACAGGAGCCAGGGGUCUCCGCUCCAUAAUGGAGAAGCUCUUGCUGGAGCCCAUGUUUGAGGUGCCUCAAUCUGACAUCAUUGCUGUGGAACUGACUAAAGAUGUGGUCCAGGGCAAGUGUGAACCACGCUACAUUAGAGCUCCUUCCAAAGAAACAGAGGAAGAGUUUGACUCCGCCAUUGAGGAAGACAACUGGCUCAGACAUGCUGACGCCGCCAACAACUGAAUGUGAAGAUAUUUCUUCCAUAUCAUGCCAUUAUUGCUUAAGACAGCAAAAUGCCAUCAUUAUGGAAUCCUUCCAACCGGACCUAAACAGAGAGCAGUGUUUGUAGAUUUUUAAAUGACAGCACGAGGAUAAACAAUUUAUUACCAUUUAAUAUUGUGCAUUUAAUAACCUAAAGAGGAACGAUAUAAAAGUGUUAUUUUAAAAAAACAGAUACACUAACAAAGUAGAGCUCUAGCAUAUUUUCAAUCUCUGGUGAUCUGUCUAAAGAUAAUUACUCUAUACUUAUAAAGAUGUUAAUGGGUGAUUUUUUUUUUUUUUUUUUUUUUUUUUUUUUUUUUUCUUUUUGUCGGUGUGUGAACAUUAUAAGGGAAGUAUACGGAUUAUGUGAAAAUGUUGAAUUUAUACACAUAUCAGUUUCAGCAGGACACACUCUAGCUCACUGAUAUCGCACAUGUGAUUUUCGUAUGGCUGUUUUAACCAUGACGUUUAGUUCUGCAGCACAAGUUACAUACAUCUAGUUUUUUUAGGUUUUCCUUCUUGAGACAAUUGUUAACUUAAGAGCUGAACAAAAACAAUGUGAAAAUAAACUUGACAGAAGUUGCA